UCACUUGCCAUGGUGACAUCAAAUGUCACUCUAGUGCACUCUUUGACAAAUCUAUCACGGAGUCUUCUUUUUGUGCUGAUUGGCUCUCUCAGUUGACUGCUGUGCACCAGAUUGGACAGUGAUCACCUGGGUUGUGUCUUAUGGCAUUUCAACUUUGUCCUUUGGAAGAGACUCAAGCCCUCCUCUUAGACGCAAAGCCACAGAGGAUCGUCUUGGUCUGUGUUGUGUUUUUUAUUCCUGCUGGAAGGUGAAAUUUCACCAGGCGCUGCUUUGAUAUUGGAAUAAUGUCACUGAAAACAGAGAAGGUGAACGGGGGGUUGGACUUCUUUGACCUCCUGCUUAGGAACACCGAUGAAACCACUGGUUACCACAGCAACCAACAUUGGACCAUCACAGUUCAUGACACCACAAGUCCCGCUGAUGACUUCCUAGACACCCUGCUGGGCGGGAGCGACUACUCCUCGGCUCCGACGUCCCCCCUGUGGUCACCCUGCAGCACAACUGACAGCGGCAUCAACGAGGACCCCCUGACUGAUCCCACAGAGAGCCUGCACCCAUCCUGCUGCACAGCUUUCCCAGCCUUUGACGCACUGACUUUCCCUCAGCCUCCACCUCUGGGGAACCAGCUGCCACCACAUGAAACAACAGCUGAAGUUUCCAUUGAUCAAACCAGCGACACCGGUGACCUCCAGGAGCAGUUUGGAAUUGCAUACUACCUGACGACGAACCAGAGCUCCACUCUGUUGUCCAGUCAGACGCUCACAGUGAAGGACCUGCUGUUGUCAAACCUGGGACAGAAAGCGCAACAAAUCCCCCAGCAUUCCCUGCCAGAGCAUUUUCUUAAUGAGGAUGAGAAGACUCUUCUAGCCAAAGAAGGAGUGAACGUGACCAGCAAACUGCCCCUGUCCAAGUUUGAAGAGAGGGUUUUGAAGAAGAUCCGGCGGAAAAUCCGCAACAAGCGCUCGGCUCAGGAAAGUCGAAAGAAGAAGAGGGAUUACGUUGAUAGUCUGGAGGGGAGGAUGUCUGCAUGCAGUUCUCACAACUGUGAGCUGCAGAGAAAGAUCCAGCUGUUGGAGGAGACCAACAAUGCUCUGCUGGAGCAGCUAAACCAGGUUCAGGCUCUCCUUUCUAGCAAGAAGACACACAAAGGGACCUGCAUCCUGGUUUUGCUCCUCUCUUUCUCUCUGCUUAUUUCCUCAAAUCUUCAGCCAGAUCCGUACAGCCAACGCAGCCAGGGCCAGUACACAGAGACCAAAGUGCCAUCCCGCUCCCUGCAGUCAGCGGAUGAGGCGCGAGAUGUCCCUCCUCCUCCCCUCCUCACUGUCUCCAGGGGCUUUGAGGCCUUCCGUAGCCUGACCAAGAAGCUCUCGGGCUGGGCAGACUUCCCCAUGGUAGUCGUCCAAUCCUCUCACCACCAGGAUCACAGGCACCGGGACAAUCACUGACAAACUCUGGGCCCACAGGAGGAAAGACAGUAGUAAAGGAGUACAAGCUCGCUUGCAGAUGCAGCCUCCAAAUUAGCACAAUUGUUGCUAUUGAGCGUGUGUUUCACAGUGACUGAGUGAGGUGUCAUGGUGGCAUUGCCAUCCACUCUAACACACAAAUCAUUUUUUAAGUGAAAUUCACUCACUCAGAUGGAGGUCGUGAGUAGGAGUCAUCCAAAUGGAUGACAUGUUUCUUUCUUUCUUUAGAAGAACGGAGUCUCUACUGCAUCAUCUGCGUACGUACAACAUGAUCUGGAAGAAAGCACAAAUGUAAAUUCACCGCUGUAUUUCAUGAUUUACUUUAAUGUAUAUGUUGAAAAAUUGAGUCAAGAAUAAUUUGAGUGAAUUUCAGAAGCACUUGGAGGAUGGUUUUGUUUAUGGCCAUUUUGGAAGAGAUUUCCAUCCCAUAAGUAAUAAGGCAAAAUAACAAAACUAUUUGGUCCGCGACAUGAAAUACUUUUAUAAGCAAAAACUGCAGAAUGACUUCUGACUAAAAACUAUUCUUCACUUUCAUGACAGUUGUGAAUUGGACACUGGGCUUUGUUGUUUAUUUUGUUUUUUUUUCAAAGUUCAAUUUUAGAGCAAUAAUAUUAGUUGUAAUUAUAUUGGUGGACAUUGCUGAUAUUAGAUCUAUUCUGUGUCUCUUGUUAUAGUGGGUUCAAAGAAAAGUGUUGCAAUAACAGCUGUUAUCUAAAGCAUUUGAGAGAUAACAACUAAAGCGGACAGAUACAGGGAGUCUAUUAAGCAAACAUCCACUGUUUUCAUCCUCAUCUACAGAUUUUCUGUCCAUAAAGAUCGCAAUUCAUCUGUAAAUCUCUGUAUCUCAAAACACAAAAGCAAAUAAGUAACAAUCUUC